AUGAUGAGCACCUCCGGAAGGGUGUUUCACGUUUGCAUUCUUCUUUUUAUGUUACUGGCCAAAGGAGUCCGUGGAUUCACCGCAAGGGCUGUAGUCCUUCGAUCCGGAACUGGUGGUUUGUUUCCGCAAACGCUUCUCUUCUCCAGCACACCUGGUUCGUCGUCGGAUGAUGACAGCAGUCGAGUCGAACUAUUGAAUCUAAAGUUAAAGUUGAUUGGAGUCGACUCCCAAGCACUGAAGGAUGCAUCGCUUGCAUCCAUUCAGGAUCCAACCCAAGGAUAUGACGGAAGCUUUGGAAAAUCGGCAAUUAAAACCUAUCGAGCCUUUUGCUUCAAGAAUAGCAGCGACACUGACGACCCGAUCCAACUCAGUGCACAGGCGGGACGGGUGGCGCAACAAGUGGAUUUUCUCAUCAAAAGACACAAGAGUCACCAAACUGAAUGGGUCCGACACCAUGAUGCCUUGCAACAACGGCGACAGGUCUUUCCCCUUUUUCUACUCCUAGACAAUUUGAGAUCGGCCUUCAAUGUGGGAUCCAUUUUUCGAACGGCAGAUGCCUGUGGUUGUCAAGCCGUCUAUACCACUGGGAUUACCCCUCAUCCCAAUGGAAGCGGUGCGGACAAGGUCCAAAAGUCGGCCCUCGGUGCGGAAUCGGUGAUUGAAUCGCGGCAUUUCGCAACGACCCAACAAGCGAUUGAGUCUCUGCGAAACGAAUAUCCAGACCUCAAAAUUUUGGGAAUGGAGACGACCGACAAGAGUGAAGUAUAUACCAACCUGGACUAUAUGAAAUAUCGAGAAACAGGGGUUGCCUUGGUAUUGGGAAACGAAGUGACGGGCGUGGACACGGAGAUUAUGUCCAAACUGGAUGCCAUUGUGGAAAUACCAACCUUUGGGGCAAAGAACAGUUUGAAUGUUGCGGCUUGUGCUCCCGUGGUGCUGUUUGAGAUAUUAAGACAGUGGAAGGUCUGA